AUGUCGACAGCAGACAUUAAUUCAGAUCCAGAAACAAUUCAGGGCACAAUUUUGUACUUCACAAUCUGUCAAAGUUACCCUUUUGAAAUGGAUGACGGAGAGGUCUUAUUAUCACAACAGUUCUUCGAGUUUCAGGUCCCACAGGCCAAAGUUUCUUGCCCAAAACAAUCGGUUACCGUUCCUCUUGAUAUGUUUGAAACUCCAAAUCAAUGUUUUGCAUGGUCGAUGAGACUUCUCAGCUACAUAACAAGACAAAUAAUGAACACAUUGGUAGGUGUAGCAGUGGUUUUACUUGUAGCAUUGGUUGAUAUACUGUUAUUUACAUUGGUUUAUUUGUUUUAUGACCAAAACUCACGAAAAACGAACAGUGAAAUAUUCGCAUAUUCCUUUGGUACAUCACUAUUUGAUGUAGUAAUACUUUCUGGAGUAAGAUUUUGUGUCUUAGUUGGAGCUUCAAUAGGAGUGUUGUGUAAUAAUGUAGUUGCAAUUCAAAGAAUUCAGAGAACAUCUAAACUUAUGGUUUACUUUGGUUGUGGUAUCUCAGUCUAUGGUAUCCUAAAGAUUUUGUAUUUUACGGAAGAUAAAAAGGAUAUGGGAGUCAAAGAUUGGAUCUUGCUGAGCAGUACAUUAGCUUCAUGUCUUUUCAUGUACCCCUGCUGGAUAUUGCUUUCAAAAUGUAAGUGCACAAGAGCUACCCUUUCCAUAAAUGAUGAAUAUCUUAUUGACAAUAGUAGUGACCACAGCAGUGAAGCAAGUGAUGGAAUUCCAGAGGAAGACAAUCUAAACAAAUUUGAUAGGGAAGAAGCUAAAAAGUUUACAACUGGAAGAACUGUCAUUAAGUUACUUAAAAUGACUAAAAACGAUAUUUUUUACAUACUAUUGGCAUUUGCAUUUCUUGUAGCUUGUUCUGUUGCUCAAAUAUUUCUUCCUUUUUAUACUGGUGAAGUUAUAAAUUACAUUGUCAUUGAUAAGUCUGUUGAGAAGUUCAAAACAGCUAUGUUGUAUAUGGCAUUGAUUACUUUCUUUGCUGGGUUUGCAUCAGGAAUGCGCGCUGGCUUGUUUACUUAUGUAUUUGCUAGAUACAUAUUACGCCUGCAAAAUUUGUUGUUUACAAAAAUAAUGGAGAUGGAGAUUGGUUUUUUUGACAUUCGUAAAACUGGAGAAAUAACUUCUCGAUUGACUUCAGAUUGCACUAAGAUUGGAGAUGGUGUUGGUCUGAAUGUGAAUGUCUUUUUAAGAAAUGUGGUUAAAAUUAUUGGUAUUCUAUUCUUUAUGAUCAAAAUAUCUUGGAAACUCAGCAUUGUUACGCUUAUUAGUAUACCAAUCAUAGCUAUAAUAUCCGAAGCAUUUGGUGAAAAGUAUCGAAAACUGUCUGAAAAAGUGCAAAACUCCUUAGCUCAUGCAAAUGAGAGUGCAGAAGAAGCCAUAUCGUCUAUGAGAACUGUCAGAAGUUUUGCAGCUGAAAAAGAUGAAACCCAACGUUAUUCCGAAAGAUUGGACGUAACUUAUAGCCUGCGCAAAAAGGAAAGUAUGAUUGUUUGUGGUUAUCGUUGGUCAACUGAGCUUACAGAUUUAGCAAUGACUUUACUUAUUCUCUACUAUGGUGGACAUCUUGUGAUGAAAAACGAUAUAUCUGGAGGACAUUUGGUAUCUUUUAUUCUUUACAGUAUUGAGCUGGGAUUUGCGUUUGAAGAGAUUGGUGAUGUGUAUACUGGGUUAAUGGAGGCUGUUGGUGCCUCAAAAAAUGUGUUGGUUUAUAUUGAAAGGAAACCCAUUGUGGUAAAUAAGGGCGAGCUUUGUCCUGAAUCUGGAAUUGAAGGAGAAAUACGAUUUGAAAAUGUCACAUUUGCAUAUCCAUCUAGAAGUGAUACACCUGUGUUAAACAAUCUAAGUUUUACAGCUAAGAAAGGUGAAAUCGUUGCAUUAGUUGGACCUAGUGGCGGUGGCAAAACAUCAGUGGUAAACCUUUUAGAGCACUUCUAUGAACCAACACAUGGAAAAGUAUUAAUUGAUGGAAAAAGUAUUGAAGAAUACGAGCAUGCAUUUAUUCAUAAGCAAAUCAGUUUAGUGCAACAAGAACCAGUUUUAUUUGCUAGAACGAUCACCGAAAACAUUGCAUAUGGCCUAAAAAUUGGAUCCAACCUCGAAACUAUUAAAAAUUCUGCAAUUAUGGCUAAUGCACAUAAUUUCAUUCAGGAAAUGCCCAAAUCUUAUGACACUGAAACAGGCGAAAAAGGAUUACAAUUAUCUGGUGGACAGAAGCAAAGAAUCGCUAUUGCAAGAGCUCUAAUUAGAAAGCCUUCUAUUUUAAUUCUAGAUGAAGCCACCAGUGCUUUAGAUGCGGAAUCGGAAUAUAUUGUACAACAAGCAAUCAAUAGAAAUCUAUCUGGAAGAACUGUUAUUGUUAUUGCUCAUCGCUUAAGUACCAUUGAGAAAGCUGAUAAGAUUCUUGUUAUCAGUAAAGGAGAGGUAGUCGAAGAAGGAAACCAUGAGUAUUUGAUCAAUCAAGAAGGUGUCUAUGCAAGUUUGGUGAGCAAACAGUUACUUGGUAUGGAUCAGGAAAAAGACAACGAAGACAACGCUCCUAAAAUACCUUGUUCGGAAGAAUCAAAUUGUCCUGAAAGUGCUAGUAGUCAUCCAAAAUCUAGUUAUUCGAAGACAAACAUUAAAAUUUGAAUAUCAGCAUUUAUAUAUUUCAGUUAAAAUAAUUCAUGGCUAAUAUUUAUUUAUUUUUGCUAGGCAAUAGGUUAAAUACACAGAUACAUAUCUUGAAAACUACUUUUAGAGUAUUCUCUGGUCUCCAAUAGCGUCUGGUGAAACCUUAUAGGGGACACCUCUCUAAAACUGAGACUAUGUAUGUAGCGGGCAUUUUAGUAGUUGUUUAAAAUUUUGGCGAUUUUUGCGAUGAUUGUUUAAAUUUGGCAUUGUUUUUUAAAAAAGGUGUAUGUAACUAAUUCUUUAGAUACACCUUAGAAACUAAUCACUUAAAACCAACGCUGAGACUUAAAAAAAAUUGUACUAUGUACCGCGGCUAAAGCAUUGCAUGGAUAAAAUUUCUCGUUUUUUUCGAAUUUUGACGCAAAAUUUAUGAAAAUUGACUUGACCGCCAAAAUUUAACUUUUAUAUUAGUUUCUUAAACGCCAAAUAAAUAUCAGUUGGCAUUGUUGUUUCACAGUUGACGUCCAAAAUAACUAAAAUUUUGGUAACAGAAAUUGGGGCGUAAUAAUUUCAGGUUUGUUAUGUUUACAAAUUCAACUACAACUUUCUAUUCCGUGUACAUUCUACUUUGUUUUGUUUAUAUAAAAGCAUGACUCCUAUAAGCAUAGUCUUAAAUUUGGUCAUUGUUAAGCAUGUGCUAAGCAUUAUGUGAAGCCUAAAAAGAUGUUAUGAAGAGUCUUUGUGUUUUUUGCUUCGUUAGCAGUUUUUCUUUUUAUUCUUUAUGUCUGAAUUACCACCAAAUAGUGAGUUUUAAGUUGUAAUUACUGAUGUUUAAAAUUCAAAUACAAUAUUUUUUCUUAAAUAAGCACAUUUUGAGCCUGGUUAUGUGUUUUUUAUAAGCAUAUUCCAAUAAAUAUUUUUACCAUUAAGCAUAACUUUCCAUAAGCUUCCUUAAGCCUCAUUUUAGAGUUUCAAUUGCUUAUAAAAAACAUGUAUUCCAGACUAAAAAACUUAAUAAUAUUGAACCUAUUUGGUUGUUGUCUGUGUGCACAUAUUUGAAGAUUAAAAAAAAAGUGUUUGGUUGGAGGUAUAAAAUUUUGAUCCUGAAAAGCUUGUGCGGAAUAUGAUAUCCGUUUCCUAUAAAAUUGAACUUUUGUUAACAUGACAAAUCAAGUAACAGCACGUUAUCAAUUGCACUAUUUAUUUAUUUAUAUAUUUUAAAUUUACAUGUAUGUAUUCUUGUGGUUUUAGAAACAGUAGUGUGUGUUAUAUCCUAGUUUCAAUCAUGGAGAAAAUCAAUGAAACGCUUGCCGAACUAACCUAUCCCA